GCAGUGGACGCUGUAGUCACAUCGGCGCUGUGUGUUGGCACCUUGAACUCGUUCUCAUCAGGAAUUGGAGGUGGUGGAUUCAUGACCAUUAGGCCUCCAGAGGGUGGGAAAGCGGUUUCCAUCGACUUCCGUGAAAUCGCACCUGCUGGCUCGAAUGCAACGAUGUUUGGCAAAGAUCCGUCUACGUCCCUGUUUGGCGGUCUAGCCAUCGGCGUGCCAGGUGAGCUUCGCGGACUCGAACUUGCCCACAAUCAGUACGGCCGUCUCCUAUGGAAGGACGUCGUUGAGCCUGUCGCGAAGCUUGCUGCCGGGUGGAGGGUACAGAAGGAGCUUGCACGACGUAUCCCAUGGUUAGAGAUGUUCGGCAGGAAGGACCAGAUUGCUCAGGAGUGGAAGGACAUCUUCGCGCCUAGGGGCGAAUGGCUCACGGAAGGCGAGUGGAUUGAGCGGAAGAACUUUUCGCGAACGUUGCAGACUAUUGCAGAGCAGGGCGCUGAUGCAUUCUACACUGGGGAGAUUGCCGAGUCCAUUGUCGCAAAGAUCCGGGCCACGGGCGGUAUUAUGACAAUGGAGGACCUUGCUUCAUACGAGGUUAUCAUGUACGACUCUCUUGUCGGCACAUACAGGGGCAACAAAGUGUAUACGACGAAUGCACCCACCAGCGGUCCCGUGCUCCUCCACGUUCUAAAUAUGUGCGAGAAGUUCGACUUUCCUGGUGAGGGUCUGACCGGCCUGAACGUCCAUCGCAUGGUUGAAGCGCUCAAGUUUGGAUUCGCGGCAAGGACGGAAAUCGGAGACCUAGCGUUCUUCCUGAAUCGUACCGCGCGCGUGGCAGAGAUCUCGACCAAGAAGUUCAGUACCGAGAAAUGGGAAAUGAUCGAUGAGAAGCGGACGCAUACCGCUGACUAUUAUGGCCCUAUCUUUGAUAUCCCGGCGGACCAUGGAACUACGCACAUGUCCAUUGUUGACAAGGACGGCAUGGCUGUUGCGCUCACCACAACAGUCAACCUGAUCUUCGGAUCUCAGGUCAUGGACCCUGUCACUGGCGUGAUAUUGAAUGACGAGCUGGAUGACUUCUCCCGCCCGGGUAUACCUAACUAUUUCGGCUUCCCCCCAUCACCAUACAAUUACCCGGCCGCCGGGAAGCGUCCAGUAUCGUCCACGGCCCCAACGAUCAUGGAACGCCCUGACGGCUCAUUCCUACUUGCCGUGGGUGGCUCAGGUGGGAGCCGCAUCUUUGGUGGUAUCGCUCAAGUGAUCCUGGGCUCUGACUGGGGCCGGGAUAUUGGCCAGUCCGUCGAGUCCCCGCGAGUACACGACCAGCUCGCCCCAGCGGAGGUGUCUGUAGAGUCGACCUUCCCAACAGAUCUCGUGGAGGCCCUGAGAGUCAGAGGCCAUAAUAUCUCUCUGUUUGACAUCAACGAUGGACGUUGUGAGAUCCAGGCUGUGAUGGCUGGCGAGGAUGGAUACCUCUAUGCUGCAAGCGACUCGAGGAAGAACGGUAUUGCAGCUGGCUACUAGAAGAUACAAAAUAGAUCACAACUUCGCUGCGUAGACUCUGUAUCCCAUAGUGGUUGAUUGGUCAUUGUUGUACAGCAAGGCACGGCUGGUCAACAGUUUUACUAUUUAUCAUUUGGACUACACGUGGAUAUAAUUACAACCCAGAUGUACACGGGCAGAUGCGAGAAAUAAUAUGUGCAAAGCACGUACCACACAACUAGAUACACUUAGGAUCCCGCACGCUGAGCGCUGGUCGACCCAGCAGAGACACUCUUCGUUGGGGACGUCCGUGGAGUGUCCGCUCUCUUGAGCUCCUCACUCAUCCACUUCUCAGCAUCGUUAACAAGCUUGACGACAGGCUCGAACUGCCUCCACAUUUCGAGCACUUUAUCCUCCGCAAACUGGUUAUGCUUCAGCCGGGCCUUGUCAACCAUGCCCUUGACGGAUCUGUCGAUUGCAGUUGAAAGCCGGGGCCAAAGAGUACGGUAGAUGUUGUCGAUGGACGGCGUAGUAGGCAAACUGUGUAGGGCGGCGUCGAGCGCAUGAUGCGCAUCCUCCAAGUCGGCAAUACGGUUGACCAAGCCCAUGACCUUAUCCGAUAGCGCUUCAAGCCCACUGUUCCGUCCCACGUUCCCUUCUUCGAGCAGGCGAUUCCUAGCCUGAAGACUCUCCACAGUCUCCCUCAACAACUUAUCUCUCUCUUCCGCACUCAGGAGCUCCUUCUCCUUCUUCUCCAUGCCAGCCAGGAUCUUAUCCACCCGCUCCUGCAGGCCCUUGACCCGCUUCUCCAUCCCAGCCCUCGCUUCCCUCGCAUUCCCCAGGUCUGUCUCCAGCUUGAUAAUACGUUCCGUGUACCCCUUCUCCAGCUUCUGGAGCUCACUGAUCCUCUCUUCCUCACCCUUCUUCGUCAGGUCCUUCAACCGGUCUAUCUCCUCCCUCAGCUCUCCCAUGCCCCGGGCAGCGUCCUCCUGCUGCCUCACCAACUGCUGCACGACUUCUUUCUGCUUCUUGUCAUCUUCUUCCCGCACCCUGGCCUCCUGCCGCCCCCGAUUGAGCUCUUCGACGCCCAGUUGCAGGCCGUCGAAGAGCGCCGCCAAACCCUGGUCAACCGCAAGGGUGUGCGCCUCACUCACUCGUUGUGCGCCCAGGGCGGCCUCCUCAGCCUGAGCAAGGAUAGUGGACAUUUCCCCGGUCCCGAGGGUUGUGCCAGAGCCUCGAGUGACAGCACGCACCGUCUCCCUCAGGCGUAACGCUACCUUCUGGGCCUCGGUCAUCCGCCGCCUAGCCUCGGUAGCAAGGAUGAUUUCCUCGGUAACCAUUUUCCGCCUCUCCCUUUGCUCCAUAGUCAUGAGCCUUUCCCGAGUAGCAGGUUCAGGCAAGGGAGGCCCCAUAAGCUGCAUGAUACUGGCCGUGGUAGGCAUUUGCGUCCUCUCCGAGCCGUUCGGCCAACGAGAGGAGAGUGGGGAACGGGAGAGCUCAGGUCGCAUCAGUCUAGGGUUGGUCGGCGGUUCUCGUCCAGUUACGGGCGUGGCGGUAUCUGUCCCACUAAUGCUCUCCGCCGCACGGGGCGGUGGGAAGACACCGGUCGUCACGUUCGUGGGGGUUGCGAGGGGAGAUGCGCUCGUCAUACUUUCGGCUUGCCUCAGCCUUGGGUCACGCGGCCAGCUGUGAAUGGGUGAGGCGGUCGUCCCCGCCGUUGUAGCAAUGGGUGUGGUUGUUGCCCCAGGUGUUUGAGAGGAGAUAGGCAUGUCGCUGUCGGCCAGGCGGAGAGCGUCGAGGUAUGUACGUAGUUCGGGGUUGACAGCAGGGAUAUCGACAUGCAGCCCCGCCCUCCCGUCUUGUGCAGACUCAGCCGCAGGGCCAGUGGGCGGAGUGCGCAUACGCGGUCGCUUAGUAACGAGCCGCUCAAGCAUGUCGGACUCGACCGAGCUCGCCCGCUGACGCUUGUUAGGGCUUAUCUCCCCCGUCGAGGAUCCGUCUGGUAGACCGUCGUCUGCUUGACCCCAGGAGCGCGGCGUCCCCGAUGGUUGGCGGUCUCGUAGGGGCGAAGACGUCCUCCCCGAAGGUCGGCCACGCCCGCCUGGACGGUCCGGCGAGCGGUUUCUACCGCUUCUUCCUGCUCGGCUUGUCCAACCGCUGUCCCUGUCCCUCUCGCUAUCCCUAUCACGAUCUCUAUCCCUCUCCCUGUCGCGGUCCCUCUCCCCAUCGUCCCGCCUCCUCCAUGAUCUCUGAUCAUCCUUCUCCAACUCGUACUUGCGCCCCAACGGCUUAGUAGCAGUGAACCACGCUGUGCU